AGUACAACGUGCGGUCAGUUCGCUUGGUGGAAGCGAAGGGUGAUUUCCUUUUUCAGGAUAUGCCAGGUGUUGGUUCGGUAGCGAAAAUGAAAUGAAAAAUCCUACGACAUACGUACAUAAAGACCAGGUGGUAUAUUCAAAUGACCGCACGCUAACAUUGAUUCAGUCUGGCUCAAACGGUCGAAAGGAUUUGUCGAAAAAGUGGACUCUUGAGACUGGUUUGUUUUAUUUGAACAAAUCACAAGCUUGAGAAAUAAGUGAAAGUGUCAUUGCUGUUAUUUUGUGAAAAAAGUGCUUUGUGAUACUGCAAUCACAAUGAAAUCGUUGUUGAUGGAUAACAUCAGGGAUCGACUAAGGUCGUGUGGACCUGCAACGAUAAAAUAUCUUCUAUUUGUUUUCAAUCUAAUUUUUGCGGUAUCAGGAUUAAUUCUGCUGAUCGCUGGAAUACUGGUGCUUCUCGAUGUCAACGACUACCAACAUUUUGUCGAGGACAAACUGAUGGCCCCGCCGGUCGUGUUGAUUGUGGUCGGAACCUUUAUCUUCCUCAUUGCAUCCCUUGGCUGUUACGGGGCCAUUAAAGAAUCUCCAAAACUGCUAAAUGCCUUCGCAGUGUUUCUGCUAAUUGUGCUGAUAAUUGAAGUCGCCGUGGCAGUUGCCGCCAUAGCAUUUAAAUCUGAUCUUGGGAAUGCCCUUGAGACACAACUGAAAAAAUCCAUCACCAGACACAACAGCGCCGAUAUGGGGGCGUGGAAUAGCGUACAUAGGAAUAUGAUGUGCUGCGGUAUCCAUGGACCAAAGGAUUGGUACGAUAACAACAACCGUACCAUGCCGGCUAGUUGCUGCAAACCGGACCUAAUUGACCCCGAAACGAACGACUGCAAGAACGCUCUUCCAUUGUUCAUGGAUCGUUAUUAUCAGGAGGGUUGCUUGAUGAAACUGAAGGAACACUUCGAUAGAAAUGCUGUGGUGCUCAUCGCUGUCGGGUUCGCCAUCGCAGUCUUUCAGAUACUGGGCAUAAUUUUCGCAUGUUGGUUAUCAUCGGCAAUCAAGCGGGAUAGUAAUUGAAGCACGGUAUAGUCUUGUUCUAUUUUAGUACACACGCAAUAUGUAGCAGCUGCAUUGUAAUAAAUUUCUUUCACCAAAAGUGAACCAGAAUGCGGUGAACUGUUCUCAGUGUACGCAAAUAGCUCUUGUGGCUUUGUUAAAUCUCUUACCAUUGUAAUAACUAUUGAAAACGAUUUAUACUAAGGUCUUUGAUUGAAUUUCCUAGGUACUACUAUACUUGAUGUUAUGUUUAACAACACGACUAAUAAAGAUUAGGGUUUUGUCUUUCGGAAUCAUGUAGCGUUAGAGGCUCUGUAAAAAUCUGGCGAGUAAUCAAUUCAAGGUAUUUUGAAUCCAGAGAUGGACAUAGGAUCAAGAAACUAUCGUAUACAUCACUGAAUUGUACUGCGACAUGCCUUUUAUGUUGAUAUCUAAUGAUUCAAGAAAAAAUAUUGAUGUAAUACAAAAUCAAUUACAAAAUAAACAUGAUUUAUUCUGUUACUAGCAAAUAAUAACUCGCAUUAUAUCAUGUUAGGUUUUUUUUAUUGUAAAUUGAUUCAAUUUUUUUUACCUAAAAUUCGAAUGUCAAAAAAUAAACAUUCCAGCAAAAUGAUAACUUAUAACUAUUCCCUAUCUCAAUCUUCACCUACCAAAACAAAAACCGUUUUCCAAUCGAAUCAUAUUCAGAUCAGCUACCGUUAUUUGCUGCAAUCGGACUAAACGUCCGCUUGAACUAAUUCAUAAAAUAUUAUGAAACAUAUAGUUACCGACAGUCAAUUUCAGAUGUUGUUAUUAUUGUAAGUGUAGCGAAAGGAGCAUUUUCAACGCAUAUGAUGAUAAUAUUCUGAAAAAAAGCUGAAAGUAAACUCUGUUAACCCCUUCAUGCCCAUUUUUUUACGAACAACGUUUGUGACCAGCUGUCACUUUUGGGUUAGCCAAAUUUUGCUCAAAUAAUUUAUUAAGUUUAAGGACAGCUACGGUUUUACCUUUUAUUCGAAUACAGUUAUAAGAAUUAUCUGUAAGAUUGGAGUUAUCUCGAUCAGUUUGAUUGGUAUCAUUGAUGAAGUGUUGCCAGCAAUAGUUUCAGGUCAGCUAUCGGCAAAAAAUAAAAAUCAUUGUCUUGCAAUAUUGAUGAAUACUGAUAAAACGUGUAGACUACUUUAGCUUAAACUACAUUUGUCAUGCAAUGCGACUAUUGUAAAUAUGCUGGGAGAAAUGUGGUGAGCAUCGAAAGCUGAAAAUUUGGUAGUCGUUAUUACUAGGACUCGAGUAUCUAUUUUUACUGUAUUUUUUGACGCAAAUAGUUUUAAGGAAAAAUAGUUUUAAAAUCCUACAAACUCUAGCAAUAUUUUGGGCAUGAAAGGGUUAAUGGACAGCAAGGCAUCAUUUUGAUUAGGGUAGCUCGCAGUAUACAUCAAACUUACGUUUAUGUUUCCUAUAGAUUUGUGCUCUUAAUAGAAAUUAUGUUCAGAUAUAUGUGACGUUGUUCCUCAGAAAUAGAUUAUAACUACAAAUAAAUAA